GGCGGGGUCGGGCGGUGCCAGCCCGCCGCCGCCCGCGCUCGCCGCUGUCGCUCCCGGCGGGCGAGUAAGUCUGCGAGCGGCCGCGGCGGCGGAGGAGGGCCGGUGGGGCGGGACGGGCUGAAGGUUUUGGAACGGAUGUUGGAAGAUGUUAGCUGUGGAUACUGGGGCUGUGGAGGAGUGGUUAUCAGAGUUCAAGACACUGCCAGAAGCAUCCAUAUCCAGCUAUGCUACAAACUUGAAAGAUAAGACUGCCUUGAUUUCAUCUCUUUACAAAGUAAUUCAGGAGCCACAGAGUGAACUUCUGGAGCCAGUUUGCCAUCAGCUCUUUGAGUUCUAUCGCAGUGGUGAAGAACAAUUGCUACGAUUCACGCUGCAGUUCCUACCAGAAUUGAUGUGGUGUUAUCUUGCUGUCUCAGCCAGCAGGGAUUUGCAGAGCAGUGGGUGCAUAGAGGCUCUUCUCCUAGGAGUUUACAACUUGGAGAUAGUUGACAAAGAGGGACAUAGCAAAGUGCUGAGUUUCACAAUUCCGUCUUUGUCCAAACCUUCGGUCUAUCAUGAACCUUCCAGCAUUGGCUCCAUGGCUCUCACUGAAGGAGCUUUAUCGCAGCAUGGUUUGUCCAGGGUCGUAUACAGUGGACCUCAUCCUCAGAGAGAGAUGUUAACAGCACAGAACAGGUUUGAAGUUCUGACUUUCCUUCUGCUCUGUUACAAUGCUGCCUUGAGCUACAUGCCUGCAGUUUCUCUUCAGUCACUGUGUCAAAUUUGUUCAAGAAUUUGUGUCUGUGGAUAUCCUCGCCAACAAGUAAGAAAGUACAAGGGAGUCAACUGUAGGAUUCCAGUUUCAUCUGAAUUCAUGGUGCAAAUGCUAACAGGGAUUUAUUACGCCUUUUAUAAUGGAGAAUGGGAUCUGGCCCGUAAAGCGAUGGAUGACAUUUUGUAUAGAGCACAGCUGGAACUGUAUCCAGAACCUUUGCUGGUUGCUAAUGCAAUAAAAGCUUCGCUGCCUCAGGGUGCCAUGAAAUCUAGUAAAGAAGGUACAAGAUGCAUUCAGGUUGAAAUUACACCUACGUCAUCCAGAAUAUCAAGAAAUGCUGUGACUAGCAUGUCUAUCCGAGGGCAUAGAUGGAAAAGGCAUGGUAAUACUGAUUUAGAGAUACAAGAAGAAUUGAUCGAAGUAUCUGAAAGUGAUGAAGGGUUUUACUCUAGGGCUACUUCUAGCACAAGUCAGUCUGCCCUAUCUAACAGCAGCAACACAAGCAGUAAGAACCUUUUAGGGAAGAGCCAACGAAGGUCUGGAGGAAGCAAAGCUGGAGGAAAAGAAAAAGAAGGAGAAACCUGCAGAGAACACUUGUCACGAAAACAAACUCAGAGAGCCAUGAGUGAGAAUCUAGAGCUCGUCUCUCUGAAAAGACUGACACUGACAACUAGCCAGUCCCUGCCUAAGCCUGCCAGCCACAGUCUGGCCAGAACAACCACUACAGUGUUUAGUAAAUCCUUUGAACAGGUCAGUGGUGUCACAGUUCCAAAUAAUCGUAGUGGUGUAUCUGGUACAGAGGCAAACAGGUUUUCAGCUUGCAGUCUUCAGGAGGAAAAACUGAUAUAUGGAACAGAAAGAUCAGAUUUUCCGAUCUUAAGCAAACAACCUAACCAGCAGCGACCUCCUAGUAUUAGCAUAACUUUGUCAACAGAUUGAUAUUCAAUUGGCAAGUAUGAAAACUAAAACAUUGAGGGUUUAUGCUGGUAUUGGUGCAUUGGUACAUUAAGCUCCUUAAUAUAUUAUACAUUACUUUCUUAAACCACAAGCCCAUAAAUUCUUACUUGGCUCACAUUUGACUGUAACAGGGAACAGUUGUAAUUAUUUUGCAUCAAAUUCUAAUAGCUUGGAAAGUUCAUCUUUGACUUACUGUAUUUAUAUACCCAGUUGUUUAUGGCUUCAUGUGAAGUUUACAUCUUCAUCAAUUUAAGAAGCAUUAACUGGUUGUUUAGCCACUGACCAAGAUGUUUGGCUUUUUACAAAUACACAGUAUGGGAACAAAUAAAUCCUCUUUCCCAGAUUCUACUUUUUCAGUACCACUUGGCAUAGGCAAAACUGCAAGUACUUCUUUUAUUUAAGAGGAGUCUUGCGGUAUGGGCAUGACAUUCUGGAACAGCAUUAUAAGAACAAACAUUCUUGUGUGUUAGCCAUGAGAAAAGCUGUGCUUACAUGUAAAACUAGAAGCAUCAGUUCGGUGUUUGAUAUUCUGGUGGUUUUUGUAAUGGUAGUUAGUACAAGUUGCAAUGUUCAUACUUAUUUACGCCUGUACGAGUCUGAAUUAUAAAAGCAUUUUGGUUUUCCUUUGUGUCUUUGAAACUGGGCCAGAAGUCAUACAGCAGCAAUACUUGUGGAUGGGAGUUCUUAUCAGUUGCUAUAGUAGUCACUCUUUAGACUUAGAAAUCAUGUGACAGACUGUCUUUCUUUCAGAUUCUUAAAUAUCAGGCACAAAGCUACACACUGAAAAGUCACUGUCAUCAGUAUUUUUAUUAUUUAUGGGGAAGAGAGGUGCUUAUGUAACAAUGUCAUGCAGGAAAUAAGGUGUGAGCCCUUUGCACUGACUCAACAAAUCAGGAGCGUGAAUGUGUUUAGCAUGGACUUCUUACUUGAGACUAAGAGAAUACUACCAAAGGAUGUGUUCUUUCAGUAACUUGCAAGCACAAAGGGAAAUUUAUAAUGUAAAUAUAACUAGCACUGUAAUUCCUAGUCUUUUAUAUCUAUUGUUUUUCUAAUUUGAAAUUCUAAAACAGCAGCCAGUUCUAGGCUACCGAACCUUUAACCUUCAGCUAGUUUGAUGACAUUGUUUGAUACCAACUUUUAUAAUGUUAAGGUUUUAAUUAAAAAUGGGUAUUAAAACUUCUUAUGCAGAAAUUUGGAGAAGCAAUAGCUGACAAAACCACUCCAGUAGCAGUGAUUAGCUGAUAAACAGACAGUUUAUUGUGAGUGAAGUAGGAAGAUCUAAGGCACAGUCAUUCCUAACCAUCCAGAUUUCUGCAGCUAGUGAUCCUAGUGAUCCCUUAUGGUCAGGAACCUUGUUAACAAAGCAAACACUAAAAUUCUGGUAGACUUUCCUAUUUGCCUUGAGGUAGGUUUAGAUAUCCCUUUUUGACUUAAACUGAAGCACAAGAAACUUCUAAGCAGCUAAUGUUAUUCAGGUUUAUAGUAAUUAAUAAGCUGGUGGGUUAAUAAAAAGAGAUAAGGAGACAUAAUUGACAGGGACAAGUAAGUUGUGUAAUUCUACUUCUAACGCUGCAGAGUAGGUGUAUACCUUUCUUAGCAUUAACUGAAGCCUGUGGAAUAGCUGGAUCAGUCUGUAGGUGUUUGUUUUCACCUGAGAGCCUGACUUAAAUGAAUUUGCCACCCUUUCUCAUUCUUCAGUUUGUUGUGUGACUCUGUCCUAUUCUAGUAAUGCAGUAGUUCACCUUUUUACAGUGGAGUGUUUUCUUAAUUGUACAUGAAAACUUACAUUCCUAAUGUAUAAACUGCAAAUUUGUCCUGUGUAGUGUUUAAUACUUUGGCCAGUGAAAUAAACUGGUCUUUGAAGUUGUAUGUUUUUGUAAAUACUUUGUACAGCAGAAAAUUUUACCUCUUUUUAACAGGUUUUUCUGCAAUACACAUUAGACAGCACAUUUGUUUCGGAUUGACUAAUAGCUGUGGCCGCUCGGAACAUGCAUAACCACGAGCAGUAGAGGGGUUUAGGCAGCUGAUAGCAGACAUUGGCUAGCACUGCACGUACUAAAUGUAGAACUCUUCAUUUCCUUGAAAUUGUUCUAGAUGUUAGGAGGAAAUAACCUGUAGAACUUGCCUGCCUCCUGAUCUGCUCUUGCAGCGUAGCAUUGGAGAAUACUUUGCAGUAAUUUAAAUUGAAACAUAAACUAGAAUAGAUGAACAAAAUUGCAAUUGAUAGGUGGUUUUUGUGAUUGUAUUAGUUCUUAGUGUCAAGGGACUAGAAUUUUUAAGUAAUUCUACUGAUUUUCUUUUGUUUCAUUUAGUUUGUGGGUUUUUUGUUAUCUCCACAGUAGACACUCUUUCAAGCUUGGUGUUGGUUUAAAAGAUGUUUAUUAUACUGGGGAGAUCUAGCCACUUUAGCUAUAAAUAAUUAGGAUUUUGAAGGAUCUAAAAUGCCAUAAUGUUUACAAUACUAUUGGCUACAAGUAAAACAGUGUUAAAGUUAGUUUAUCUUUUUAUUUUCUCCAGCUAAUUAUUCUAAUUGGUCUGGCUUGAACCCAAGGGCCAAUAGGCUCAUAUUGGUACAACUGAAAUUACAUAAAGCUUCACACUUUUUUUGAGAAAAUGAUGAAAGGUUCUUGGUACUAAAGGCUGCUGUUUCUAGACAUAUGUGGCUUCAUAUAAAUAGGUAUGUAUUGGUCUUUGGAGCAACUUAUGCAAUGAGCAUGUUUUUGUGAACUGACAUUAUAUGUUUGAUACCUAUCAAGUCUGAAUAAUUUAUUUCCUGAUGUUAGUAGUAGAACUUGCAGUUGUGUUUCUUUUCUUAAAAAGCAGGAAAAAAAGCGAGGGGGGCGGGAGGGCAGGAAAUCAGGGUAGGGAAAAGGGAGGGCAGAAUUAUUUGUUCUCUAAAUAUCCAUGGAUUUGGGAUGGGGGGAAUCAGGGCAGGAAGCAGAUAUAUAAGUUCUGUCAUGAUAUUUCUAAAACUGUCAAGCUCUUGGGUUUUGAGCAUUAUCUGAUUACUUUAGACUGAUGGAUGAAAAAUGUGUAUUAAAGUAGUAGAGGUCUUCUAAGAGUGUAAGGAAAACCUAUACAGACAUACCAUAUUGUAGUGUGUCUAUCCGGCAGUGGGGAACACUCCAAACAUCAUGCACAGCUGCAACAUUCUUCAGGAAAAAUAUUAUGCAGAAUUGAAUCAUCUCAAAUUAUAAUAAGAGAAGUUGUUUUAAUGCUGACACUUAUAACUGACCUUACCGUUUUAAAUCAAAGGGCACUGUUUCCAAUUAUGGCUUUGAGCUUUCAAAACUGUUGAAGCUGAGAAUAAUUAUUUUUGUUGUGAGAAUCUGUAACAUUUGUGCAAAAAGCGUAUGGCCUCUAACCACUUGCUGUAGAGCUGCCGUGACUUUUCUGAAGGGAGUGAAAUGUCCUUGAAUUGCCUUGAAUACCUGACAGAUGUGACAGGUACAGAAAUAUAGAGCUAUUUUAGCCACACUUGUCUCUAAAGAGGUCUCUUCUGAUUUCUAUGAGGAUUCUAGAAAUUUCUAACUUAAUUAUUGUCUGAUAUCUUUUGUCAGUGUUUGAGGGUUACAGUGCUGUAUAUAGGUGUGUAAUAUAUUGCCUUUUGUAUUUGUACAAUUGUAAGACUAGAUGUGUACAUUUCUAAUAUUCACCAAAGUCUAUGGAAUAGCUGCAUCAGUCUACAGCUGCAUCAGGUGUCUGUCUUCAAGUGAGAGCCUGAGUUUAGUGUACCACACUCUUUCAUAUUCUUCAUUUCAUGUGUGACACUGUUCUGUAUUUUAGUAAUGCAGUAUUUCACCUUUUUACAGUGUUCUCUUCAUUAUACAUGAAAACUUACAUUCCUAAUGUAUAAACUACAAGGUUUAGUGUUUAAUAACUUGGGCAGUAAAAUAAAUUUUUUUUGAAGUUG